CUGAGGAGGGAAUUAAUAAGAGAGCUGAUUUUCUACCUGGUGGGCAAAAAGAAAAGGGACACUGGAGAAGGGUUUUGUCUCAGGAAAGAACGAGCUUGGAGGGAUUCCGCAGGGGUAAUGGAUAAACGCCCCGGUGGUCACGCUUGUAGCGCGUAAUUUGGAGACAGAAUUACCUGUACAUCGACCUGCUGCCCCCUGAUUGUGUCUGCGCCCUGAAACCAUUCACAUGCAAAAGUUUGUCCUGGUUUUAAUCAGCGACGUGUUGCAGCCUGGGAGCUUUUUAAAAGGGCCACAGAACAGCCUGGGUCUCGUCAUUCCUUCAAACAACUUGGAGAUCUUUCUUUCUUUUGCUCUCCUCUCUUCCUGGGAAACAUGGAGAGCGCGCACCAGAGCCGCUUUUCUCUCUUUACUAUAGACCGCAUUCUGGGUCUGGACCGAGCCGACCAGAGAACCACUAUUUACACUCUUCACCGCCCUUGGACAGAUGUGCAACCAACAAAAAAGGACUGCUUCAUAAAGACAGACAGUGCUCUGGAAUUAUCCAUGAUGGAUGAGAGGAAAAGUGAUGCACCAGUGGAAAACUGCAGACGUUCACUCAACUGGUGCAUCGGACGAAGACCCCGAACUGCCUUCUCUAGUUUGCAGAUCGAGAUACUUGAGAGUGUGUUUCAAGUAAACUCCUAUCCUGGGAUCGAUAUCCGAGAGGAGCUUGCUCUGAAGCUGCAUCUCGACGAGGACAGGAUACAGAUCUGGUUCCAGAACAGAAGAGCUAAACGGAAGCGCUCGCACCGAGAGAACCAGUUCCUCAUGGUGAAAAAAGUCAUCAGUGGACUCCAACAGUGAUUAUAUAUACAAAAAAAAAUAGAUUUCAGUUUCUUAUCAUAUUGUAAUAUAUUCUGUUUUCUUAUUUUGUCAGUGCAAAUCAAUAACUUAUGUCUUUUAAUGGCUUAGAAAAACUGCUGAUUCAUUAAAAAUGUUUUAACAUCA